AUGGCAGAUAAACAAGACGCAGAGCUGGCCCCUGGCCAGCAGAACGAUGUACACGACAGCGGCGCAAGCAAGAAUGGCUCAACUACCACGAGCAGCGGCGACAAGGGCAAGGGCAAGGGCAAAGCAACGAUAGAACUCAGCACGAAAGCGGCACAGGCGCUGAUGGACUCCAACCCUGCGUUGAAAGGCGAACUCGCCGGCCUGGAUAGUGAAAAGGCAGCAGAAUUGAUGCGGAAAAUGGACAUCAAGGAUCUGCUAGCCGGACUUGCGGCCAACCCGAAAAACAAGAAGGAUAUGGCAUCAUAUAAGUUCUGGCAAACUCAGCCGGUUAUAAGAUUCGACGACAAGGGUGAAAUAGUGGACGGACCGAUCAAGGAGAUUGAUAUUGCGACUGUACCGAAGGCGCCAGGUCCGUUGAUUGAUGGGUUUGAAUGGGUUACCCUGGACCUGAACGAUGAUAAAGAGACACAGGAGCUGUAUGAGCUCCUUACAGACCAUUACGUGGAGGAUGAGAGCGAGAUGUUUCGGUUUAACUACUCGAAAGACUUUUUAAACUGGGCCCUUAAGGCGCCUGGAUGGACUAGCGAUUGGCACGUUGGAGUUCGAGCUUCAAAAUCCAGGAAGCUAGUGGCAGCCAUUUGUGGUAUUCCUAUCGAAAUUUGUGUACGUGGAAAAAUAAUACGAUCUGUCGGUAUCGAUUUCCUAUGCGUCCACAAAAAGCUACGAUCCAAGCGUCUGGCGCCGGUUUUGAUAAAGGAAAUAACUCGAAGAUGUUAUUUGAGAGGCGUGUUCCAAGCUGUCUAUACUGUCGGCAUCGUUCUGCCCACGCCGAUCAGCUCAUGUCGCUAUUACCACCGAGCUCUGGAUUGGUUGAAGCUAUAUGAAGUCGGGUUUUCUGGUCUGCCAGCAGGUUCUACAAAAGCCCGGCAGGUUGCACGAAACCAGCUGCCAUCAGCGACGGCCACACCAGGACUACGACCGAUGGAAGCCAAAGAUGUCAGCGCAGUGUCUAGCCUUCUAAACCGUUACAUGAAACGAUUUGAGCUCUCGCAGACUUUCAGUGAAGAGGAGAUACAACAUCUAUUCAUCAACAAGGAAAACACAUCGGAGACUGUCGUAUAUUCGUUCGUCGUCGAAGACAGAGAUACCCAUCAAAUUACGGACUUUUUUUCAUUUUAUUCUCUGGAGUCCUCUGUGAUCCAAAACGAGAAACAUAGCAAUGUCAGAGCUGCAUACUUGUACUACUAUUCGACAGAGACAGCUUUUGCCGAAAAUGAAAAGGGUCUGAAGGAGCGUCUGCAGCUGCUUAUCAAUGACGCAUUGAUUAUCGCUAAGAAGGAGAAAUUCGAUGUAUUCAAUGCCCUGACAUUACACGAUAACCCUCUGUUCCUCGAAAAGCUCAAGUUUGGUGCUGGAGAUGGACAGCUUCACUACUAUCUCUUCAAUUACAGAACAGCACCUAUUGCCGGUGGCGUUGAUAGCAACAAUGAGCCUGAUGAGCGCAAGAGGCACGGCGUCGGUGUGGUUCUUGUUUGA